AGGAGGAAGCACGGAUCAAGCUAAGAAGGUACAGAUUUUAUCUAAUUUUAAUGAUACCUACAAAAAAACAGCGAAAGUUAACAAUACAUAUGUAAAAGCAUAUAUAGAUACAGGCAGUGAAAUGAAUGUAAUAGCAAAUACGGCAGCGCUAGCUAUCGGCCUAAAAAUCAUGCCAAGUAAUGUGAUAUUGAAAGGAUUUGCUGGAAAUGGUGUUCAAGCUCUGGGCACUGUCGAAUUUACUCUUUAUGUGGACAACGUGCAGAUACGCACUACAGCUGUAACGACGGACACUGACCUAGGAGAAGUCGUUUUAAUUAUUGGCCAGCCUGUUAUAAAUGAUGAAAUAAUAUCCUUUACCGUUACACGAUGUGGAGCUGAACUUAAUAUGGCACCAAAUAACCAGCUUAAUUCUAUAGAUGUUAUCGAAGAAGCGAACUACUAUAAGGUACAGGUGGAAGCUGACACAGAGGUUCCAGUGGGAGACAGCUUGGUGAAAGUCAAGGUGGUAGGAGCACCACCAGGAGAACUGUGUUCAAAACAACGUCAGCAUAGCUUGGGAGCGGCGCACUACGCAAUAGCUAGUUCGAUUCUCCAGGGAGGCGCUGGUUACCUGAGAGUCUGCAACAUCGGUGAGGUGCCACUUCGAUUUAAGAAAGAAGACACCAUCACUCGUGCCGAGCUAUGUACAGGUAUAGUAGGGGAUGGCCGACUGUAACGAGUGCGUAGCGUGAGACGAGGAGAGGAGAGGAGAGGAGGUGGGGAACGAGGGGGAGCUGCGGGCGGAACAAUAAUAUGGCGGCAGACGCGCGCGCGGCGGAGAGAGAGUUGGUUGAGUUUUAG